AUGACAAUGGACGACCAGACCCCGAUCCCUCCAAACGAAGCGAUGUUCCGAGCCCUCAUCUACUGGGGCGAAGAAAAUUCCGCACAGAUCCGCGAAGCCCACCUCUCCAAAGGCGGUUGGGAAGGCUGGAUGCAAGAAGAGAUGCGGUUCCUGUUCAACGCCGGCCGCGAAGACAACUGCUACGAGAACAACGAGAAGAUGGCUGCCGAUAUUGUCCUGACGCCCGGGACGUCUGGCGAGGAGGUCUUUCCCAACGAGCCAUACGUAGGGGAGGAGUGUGCGGUCAUCGAGCUAAAAUGCGAGAGUUAUCACAAUGCAUUUAAGUUUAAGGCAGAGGUGAAGAAGGAUAUAAGCAAGAUCAAUGGUGGAAUUUUCAAGACUCGUUUGUUUCAAGGAGGAUGCAAUAUUUAUUGCGUUGCGCUUGCAAUGACCAACGAGGGAGCCUGUGAUAUGGAGGACUUGGGAUUGGAGUUGUAUGAAUUUGAUGAAGCAGAGGCCCCGUUUCAGAUCUGGUGGUCUGUGAGGAUGAUCGAUGCCGAUGAGUUCAGCGACGAGGAAGAUGAAGAGAUUGACGAUUUGGAAGAUGAUGACACUCUGGACGAUGACGACAAUGAUGGGAAUGAUGAUGGAAUGGUUAGCUACCAAGGCUACAACAAUGGAUACAGCCAUCAAUAUGGUGCAUACUAUUGA